AUGUCUAUUAUAACAAAAAUCUCUCCAGUCAUACGAGUUUCCAAGGCAGCUGAAAUUGUUCCAGUGGCAGUAAGAAUUUCGAAUUCAAAGUAUGCUCGUUUUUAUGCUACUAAUAAAACAAGCGAUUUGACUAAGAGUCAAGAAAGAGCAGAUGUUUCUACUGAUGUUCGGCCUCUUGGUGAGAAGAUAAAGGAAACUACUAAAACUGUAUCCUAUACUGGCGUUAUUCUGGUUGGUGUUGGAGUUACUGGAGUUAUUUUUUAUUAUGUAUUUCGUGAACUAUUCUCAAGUAAUAGCCCUAAUAGCAUCUAUUCAGCAGCGCUCGAAAAAUGUAAGAAUGAUCCUAGAGUAGAAGAUGCUCUUGGAGCUCCUAUUAAAGGUUAUGGAGAAGAAACAACUAGAAGAAGACGCACACAUGUUAGUCAUGCUAUUUACGAAAAAGAUGGUGUUAAGCAUAUGCGAAUGCGAUUUUACAUUAAAGGAAUAAGAAAUAAAGGGGUUGUAGAGUUAGAUAUGAAAAAGAAUGAAUUUGGAAACUACAUGUGUCGCUAUCUAUUGGUACAGCUGGAUGACUAUAGUGGAAAAACAUUUAUUAUUGAGGAUAACCGAGCUGAACUGGAUCACACAAAGCCAGAGUUUGGAAGUCAUCUGCCCGCACUUACACUGACCCAGUAA